AUUGGUCAAAAAUUCUGGGAAGCCAUCUCUGCAGAACACGGCCUUGACGCUACAGGUGCUUACCAUGGUGACAGUGACUUACAGCUAGAACGUAUUAAUGUGUAUUACAGUGAGGCCAUGGGCGGAAAAUAUGUCCCAAGAGCUAUAUUAAUAGAUCUUGAGCCAGUGACUAUGGACUCGAUCCGAUCUAGUCCAUACGGUUCUCUUUUUCGACCAGAUAAUUUCGUGUUUGGUCAAUCUGGUGCUGGUAAUAAUUGGGCUAAAGGCUACUACACUGAAGGUGCUGAAUUGGUCGAUUCUAUCUUAGAUGUUCUUCGUAAAGAAUCCGAAUCCACCGAUUGUCUUCAAGGUUUUCAAGUGACUCAUUCUCUUGGUGGUGGUACUGGUUCUGGUCUUGGUUCCCUAUUAUUGUCUAAGAUUCGUGAAGAAUUUCCUGAUCGUAUGCUGUGCACCUUCUCGGUUGUACCGUCUCCAAAGGUUUCUGAUACCGUCGUUGAACCAUAUAAUGCCGUACUUUCUGUUCAUCAAUUGGUGGAAAACAGUGAUGAAACCUUUUGCAUUGAUAAUGAAGCUUUGUACGAUAUUUGCUUCCGCACCUUGAAAUUAACCAAUCCAAGUUAUGGUGAUCUUAACCACCUCGUAUCGGCCGUCAUGAGCGGUAUUACAACUUGUUUACGAUUCCCUGGUCAACUAAACAGUGAUUUGAGGAAGCUUGCUGUCAAUAUGGGUUUCCGUGCUCUCACCGUACCAGAAUUAACUGCUCAGAUGUUUGAUUCUCGUAAUAUGAUGGCUGCUUCAGAUCCUCGUCAUGGUCGAUAUUUGACCGUAGCAACAAUCUUUCGUGGUAGACUUUCCACAAAAGAAAUUGAACAACAAAUGCACACAAUUCAAACUAAAAUGAGUUCUUACUUUGUUGAAUGGAUUCCAUCAAACGUUAAAACUGCCGUGUGCGAUAUUCCUCCGGUUGGUCUUACCAUGUCUGGUACUUUUAUCGGUAAUAGCACGGCGAUCCAAGAACUUUUCAAACGUAUAAAUACGCAAUUCACUGCUAUGUUUAGGCGAAAGGCUUUCUUGCAUUGGUAUACUGGUGAAGGUAUGGAUGAAAUGGAAUUCACUGAAGCAGAAUCAAAUAUGAAUGAUUUGGUUUCAGAAUAUCAACAAUAUCAAGAGGCAACUAAUGAAGAAGAAGGUGGCGAAUUUGAGGAAGGUGGAGAAGAAUAUGCAGCAGAGGAAGAGGCCGAAUAA